UCUUGGGCUUCUUCUCCGGCAGCACUGCGCGCCGAGGCCUGGCGGAGUGCGCGUGCGGAGGGAAGAGGAGGGAGAAGGGAGGGGAGAGCAGGAAGGUGGGGAAGAGGGAUGGGGUGGGGGUGGGGAUGGGGGUGGGGGUGGGGGUGAGGGUGGAGAUGGGGGUGGGGGUGGGGGUGGGGAUGGGGGUGGGGGUGGGGGUGGGGGUGGGGGUGGGGGUGGGGAAUUGCGCAGCACGAAAGGGAAAAAGAUAGAGACGGCGCGCACUUGGUAUCAUCGU